AUUGAGCAAGCUGCACGCCCCCUUCUCCUCCCGGCCAAAACCAACAGUCAGAAGUGCUCUUAUUACAACACUGGCACUAGCAUUGCUCAUUCAUUCAAGCCGAGGCACUCGGAGCAUUUAUUAGGGGCUCACUGCAUCUCACUCGCAGUCUUGUCUCUGCUGAAGUCUGACUUAGACUUGAGCUCCAGACAGCCCAGCUGUUUUCAGGAAGCAGCUAGAGAAUGCUGCCCCAAGAAAUACUUUUGCUGCUUACACUGUUCUGUGUUUUCAGGGCUUCUGUUUCUGUUCUGGAUGAAGAUGAUGACUAUGAUCUCAUGUAUGUGAAUCUGGAUAAUGAAAUUGAAGGUCCAGGUCUUGGUACAGAGGAAACUGUUUCAUGCGACUGCCAGCGAGAGCACACUAAAUGGGACAAGCUCUUCAUCAUGCUUGAGAACUCGCAGAUGAAAGAGAACAUGAUGCUGCAGGCAAUGGACGAGGUCCUGAAGGUGGACCUGCAGACCCUGAAAGCAGAGCUGAGCCAGCUCACCACCAACCUCGCAGGCACCUUCACUGCUGCAGUUGAAAAAGUCACCUCCCACAUCGUGUCACAGGUAGAGCAGGUGCUUGUGAGGAACAGUGACCAAGCUGAAGAAGCCAAGCGGCUUCAUGAGUCUGAGCAAGGAAAGGUUCUUGAGCAUGUUCUGCUGCUGAGCCACAACAUGUCCAGCAGGCUCAGCCGCCUGGAGAGCACUUGGCUAAGGAGGUCUGAGGCAGAGGCUCAGGAGACAGCUUUUCAGCAGGACAAAUUCAGUCCCACCAGAGGAGACAAUCUCAUUUUGAACUCUCUGUGGAAAGAGCUACAGCAAACCAGAGCUGAACUGAAGGCAUCGCAGAAAUGGGCAGCUCAGCACUUACUGCCAGCAGGGUGUGAAACAGCGGUUCUAUUUCCCAUGCGUUCAAAAAAGAUAUUUGGGAGCGUUCACUCAACUGCUGGAAUGAACCUUCACUCCUUUACUGCUUGUAUCUGGAUCAAGGUGACCGAGGCUUUGGACAAAACUAUUGUCUUCUCCUACGGAACCAAGUUAAAUCCAUAUGAAAUCCAGCUUUAUCUCAGCCGGGAGUCUGCGGUGCUUGUUGUUGGUGGUGAUCAACACAAGUUAGCUGUCAAAAGCAUUGUUGUUCCUGGGAAGUGGAUCCAUCUCUGCAGCUCCUGGAGCUCGGAGAACGGAUCUGCAUCCCUGUGGGUGAAGGGAGAGCUUGCAGCCAGUGCCUUGGACAUUGCCAAUGCUCACACCAUUCCAGAUGGAGGGAUUUUGCAGAUUGGUCAAGAAAGGAAUGGGUGCUGUGUUGGAGGUGGAUUUGAUGAAGCUUUAGCCUUCUCUGGAAAAUUAACUGGCUUUAACAUGUGGGACAGAGUGCUCAGUGCCAAAGAGAUAGCAGCACAGAGUGAAGAAGAUGCAUGCAGUACCAGGGGCAACAUCAUCGGGUGGGGAGUCACAGAAGUUUUGCUGUACGGGGGAGCCCAGUACAUUUCUUAAAUUCUGGCAAGACAGUUUCUAAAGUAGAGAACGUAUUUCACGAAGACUGAAUACCAAUACAUACGAGUAAACAAAGCUGUAGCAGCCCAUGUCUCUUGAAUUCCCAAGGAAAAUUAGUGUUGCAAGUUUAUAAAAUGAGAUACUAUGGAAACAGGAUUUGAUCUCUGCUGUUUUGGCAAAACACUGAGAAAAAUAAUAAGCCCCCACACACACAACUCCACACAUCAAGGCAUGAUUUUGGAAAACCUGUUCCUGAGGUCAGAUGGCCACUGUCUCUCUAGCACGUGUUUUCUGAUGCAUCAAAGUGAAAGGCGCUGUGGGCAUUGCGGAGCUGAACAGCGCUCCUGGUAUCCCUGCUGAAGCAAACUUCUCCGGCUGACCAGUCUUUGCAGAACAGACGUAAGGCUGCGCAUCUGCCAGGUUCCUCCAGUCAUUGGUUUUCAUAGUGCUAAUGUGAAUUGUACAGAGGAACCACAUAAACCAAGAAAUGUGCUGUUUAUUAAUCGUUGUUAGCAAUUUGUAGACUAUAACAAAACUAGCUCCUUGUUUAAAGCAUUAUUUAUGCCAUGGAUUGACCUAACAUAUAAAAUUAAUAUUCCCCAUCAUAAUCUGAUGUUACAUUUGGAGAAAACACAGCUGUAUUAUAUUGUAAAUCGACUUUGUAAUAAUUUUAUUGAAAUUAUUUUUGUAAAGAUGCUCUGUAAAUAAAGAUAUACUUUACUAAACUAAAA